AUAAUCAUAUAGUGAGCGUAAAUUCGUAGGUGCAACUGAGAAGGUCAACAUUAGUUAGCAGAGGAGUGGUGAGCCGCACACAGAGGACUCAUACCAGGGCGCAGUGGUGUAGCGUCUUGAUGGUUGUAGCCAAAUUUUGGAUCCUUUAAAUUUUUGUAGUGUUUGCUAUUUCAAAAAUAAUGCAGCUGGAGAAUAUUCUUCCCAGCGCAUCAACCAUCAACUUACCCAAUACUUUUUAUAACCUAUCGUCGUCAGAUAGUGCAAAUAAUAGCCCGGGGCCAUUGCAGAUCGAAUAUCAAGAAGUUGACCGGACGGAAUCCGAACCAAGUAACGGUCCCAAUAAAUAUUUGAGCGGAGUGGGGAACGCCAUGAUGGGUGAGGGAGAGGGCAAUGCCUUCACCGGGACUAAAGCUGCCCCAGACGGAAGAAAAAGCUCACCGGUCCUCGGUGAAGACGACCAGUCCACUGGCCGGCGGUACCACAUAGAUGAACUUGGCUCUGACAGAUACUUUAUCUCGUCCUCACAGACGAGCUCCGAUGUGGCAAAUCAGUGUUCCCUCUUUCCAUACGCAGGACAAACUGGGACAAUGUACAGCGGGUCAAAUGGAUCCAGGUAUUCCUCCCUUCAUUACGGAUCGGUCCUGCCACCGGCAGGCUUUUCAUCCUCCGUGUGCCCUAGCCGGAGUCAGUUUGGCAGUAGCUACCAAUUCGGCCAGGGUCCAGGUUGCCUGUACCCCUCCUAUCCGGGAACGGGUUCAGGUAUCGGUUCCAUGGCUCUCCCGGGGUCCACACCGGGAACGAGGGCUCAAGUUUAUCUCUGCAACCGGCCCCUGUGGCUCAAGUUUCACCGAUUCCAGACGGAGAUGAUCAUCACGAAACAGGGCAGGCGGAUGUUUCCAUUUCUCAGUUUCAACAUCACUGGACUUAACUUGACGGCGCAUUAUAACGUGUUUGUUGAGGUCGUGUUGGCCGAUCCAAAUCACUGGCGAUUUCAAGGAGGAAAGUGGGUUACUUGUGGGAAAGCAGACAACAACAUGCAAGGUAACAAGAUGUAUGUUCAUCCUGAAUCCCCGAACACUGGAGCUCAUUGGAUGAGGCAAGAGAUCUCCUUCGGCAAACUGAAGCUGACCAACAACAAAGGGGCAAACAAUAACAACACACAGAUGAUUGUCUUGCAGUCUCUGCACAAAUACCAGCCUCGGCUGCACAUCGUGGAGGUCACCGAAGAGGGAGUGGAGGACAUAGGCAGUGAUGCCAAGACACAGACCUUCACUUUCCCAGAGAACCAGUUCAUUGCAGUCACUGCCUACCAGAACACAGAUAUCACACAGCUUAAAAUCGACCACAACCCCUUUGCUAAAGGCUUCAGAGACAACUAUGACUCGAUGUACACAGCCCCAGAGGGUGACAGGCUGACCCCAUCCCCGACAGCCUCCCCUCGCUCUCACCAGAUUGUGCCGGGUGCCCGCUAUGCCAUGCAGCCCUUCUUCCAGGACCAGUUUGUCAACAACCUGCCACAGAACCGCUUCUACACUGGGGAGCGGGCUGUGCCCCAGACAAACAGUCUCCUCUCCCCACAGGCUGAGGAUGCCGGGGCCAGCUCGGCUCAGCGCUGGUUCGUCACCCCAGUCCAGCAGUCGGGCUCCAACAAGCUUGACCUAUCCUACGACCAGGACUACUCAGCUAGCAGUCUGCUGUCCUACGGCAUCAAGCCCCUGCCCCUCCAGACCUCCCACGCCCUCAGCUACUACCCCGACUCGGCCUUCGCCUCAAUGGCAGCCGGCUGGGGCACCAGAAGCACUUACCAGAGAAAGAUGACCACAGGCCUGCCCUGGUCCCCUCGGCCCAGCCCCCCAGCCUUCACAGACGACCAACUGGCUGUUAGCAAAGACAAGCUGCCCGAGGAGAGCACCGCAGCCUCCACUUGGGUAGAGACGUCCCACUCGCUGAAAUCUGUGGACUCUACCGAUUCGGGCGUGUACUCCAUGGUCUGCAAGAGACGCCGUAUGUCACCUGGUGGGUCGAGCACGGAGAACUCCCCCACCAUCAAGUGUGAGAACUUGACCACAACGGAAGAGUACAACAAAGACAACCCCAAAGGCAUGGGCUACUAUGCCUUUUACACGAGCCCCUAAAGACUACUAAAAUCGUAUUCUUUUUGUUUUAAAUUGAGUGCCCACUUUUUUUUUUUUAAAUACCCUUUUAUUUAAAGGUGCCGAAGCUUUGUGCUCCCAAGCAAGCUGCACAAAUUACGAACACACAUGCAUUGUGACAAGUUUUAAAGCAUGUCCCCAGUUGAUUUAAUUUUUUACUCAUGUGAUUUUAUUUAAGGUCAUUUUGUUGUACAGUAUUUGUGCACUUUAGUAUGUGAUGUAUCUUGUACAAACUGUCUUCAUGGAGGUGUUAUGAAAUGGCUAAUAAAAACAAGCUUUUCAUAAACAAUGUC